UCGGCUCGUCUUCUCCAAGCUAAUAACGAAAAGUCGUCAGAAACUCUCGCGACUGCUCUUCCGAAAGACCAAGAACAACCACCAUCUUCAGCUUCCUCCGCGAUGUCAGAGCACCAGUCCGAAGAAGUCCAGCAGAUCGAGAAGCUCUACGAGUUCAGCGAGCGGCUCAAUGCCUCCAAGGACAAGUCCCAGAAUGUUGAGGACUAUGAGGGGAUUAUCAAGAUGGCGAAGACGAGUAUGAAGGCGAAGCAGCUUGCGUCGCAGCUGAUUCCUCGCUACUUCAAGUUCUUCCCUACUCUCUCCACUGAGGCUUUUGAUGCUCAUAUGGACUGUAUCGAUGAGGAAAAUAUUGGGGUACGGGUUCAAGCCAUCCGCGGGCUCCCACUGUUCUGCAAGGAUUCACCAGAUAUUAUAUCUAAGAUUGUUGAUGUUCUUGUGCAACUUCUAAAUACUGAGGAAACUAUGGAGCGUGAUGCUGUGCAUAAGGCUCUGAUGUCGCUGAUACGACAGGAUCCAAAAGCAUCUUUGACUGCAUUGUUUACGCAUGCUGGAGUUACUCCAACUACGGACGAUCAGAUUCGUGAAAAGGUCUUGAAUUUCAUCAGAGAUAAGGUGUUUCCUCUUAAAGGGGAACUUUUAAAGCCUCAAGAGGAAAUGGAGAGACGUAUAACAGAUUUGAUUAAACAGAGCCUGGAAGAUGUAACUGGAGGAGAGUUUAAAAUGUUUAUGGAUUUCCUGACAAGUUUGAGUAUAUUUGGAGCGAAAGCUCCUCAAGAAAGAAUGCAAGAACUUGUGGAAAUUAUCGAAGGACAGGCCGAUUUGGAUGCUCAGUUUGAUGUUUCAGAUACAGACCAUAUCGACAGGUUGAUAUCAUGCCUCCAACUGGCUCUUCCCUUUUUUGCGAGAGGUGCUCCAACCAGCAGGUUUCUCAACUAUUUGAACAAACAUAUCAUACCUGUUUUUGACAAGCUCCCAGAAGAGAGGAAGCUUGAUUUGCUGAAAGCUCUUGCUGAUAUUUCCCCAUACACAACCGCCCAGGAGGCAAGGCAAAUGCUUCCUUCAAUAGUUCAGCUUCUAAAGAAAUACAUGCCUGCCAAGAAGACUGGAGAGGAAAUGAACUUCACGUACGUUGAGUGUUUGUUGUACGCGUUUCAUCACCUGGCCCACAAGGUUCCAAAUGCAACAAACAGCUUGUGUGGGUAUAAGAUUGUGACCGGCCAGCCAUCAGACAGACUUGGGGAAGACUUCUCGGAAUUGAACAAGGACUUCACUGAGAGAUUGACCACCGUUGAAGAUCUUACCAAGACAACGAUGAAGAAAUUAACUCAGGGAAUGACUGAGCACAACAAAGCCAUGUCGGCUGCUAAGACAGAUGAAGAGAAAGCAAGCGUUAAAACAAAGAAGCAGAAUACUACAACUGGACUCAGGACCUGUAAUAACAUACUGGCAAUGACAAAGCCACUGCAUGCAAAAGUGCCUUCGUUUAUCGGAGAUACUAAUAUCAACCUUUCUUGGAAAGAAGCCACAAAGCCGUUACCAUCUGCAGCAACAACAACAAUCGGAGGAAAACGGCCUGCUAAUAGCAACACUGGAAGUGGUUACAAUGUCUCUGCAAAGAGGGGACGUGGUUCGGGUGGUAUGUCAAACCAGCUUGUGAACAAGGCUUUUCAGGGAAUAUCAUCUCACGGUGGUGGUAGAGGCGGAAACCGAAGACGUGGAGGUGGUCGCGGGAGAGGACAAGGAAGAGGUCACUGGUAAUAACAAGCUUCCAUGAGAGGAUUCCGUGAUACUAUGUUUCUGUACUCUUUGCAUUUUCUAUUUGUCAGUAGGAGUUUUGGUUUGGUACUUGCUAGUUGCUAGAGUUUGGGGACUUAUCGCAUCAGAACAAAUCGUAUGUGUCUUUCUUUAUUCGCGAUGGAGAAUAUGAGUUAGACUUAUCUUUUCAUGAGAUUAAAACAAGAGUUGAUUACUCUUUAGGCCACU